AUGUCAUCCCCAUCCAAACGAUCAACGCGCAGUUCGGCCACACCAGGCCGAGCCACGCGCAGUUCGCAGCAGCAACAGAGCAGCCCCGCAGCCGGCCCCUCCAACCCGAAUCCCAAUGCCGCCGCCGCCGCGAGAACCCCCCGCCAGACGAGGGCAUCGCAGCUGGCUUCGAGCCCGCUGUUCUAUCAGUCGUCCCCGGCCAAUCCAGCCGCGCCCUCGUCCCCGCUACGCCAGAUGAGCAACAGCCAGAGUACUGCUGCGAAUGCUCCCAGCUCGCCGUUGCGCCAGCAGACUGAGACGCAGAGUGCUGGGGAACGGACGCCGCGCGCGAGUGCUCGCCUUAUCGGCGACUCCUCUCCGAUCCGCUACGACCCCAGCUCCAGCCCCGGCCACCAGCUCACCCAGCAGUCCGAUCUCCGCAGCGACAGCAGCGCCCUGUUUGUGGGUUCACAGCGAUCCACCACCAGGUCCCACCGCGGUGAUAUCAACCCAGAUGUCGUCCGGACGCCCCAGGUCCCGCGUCGGAUUCUCCUCGACGACACCGGCCGGGUAAUUCGGGACGGCUCGACGCUUGGAUCGGAUGCCGCCUCGUUUGCAAACAACAACCCCCACACCUCGGAAGCCGAUGCGCUCGGCGGCCCGAGCCAGAGUCUCGUGUGGGGUACGACUGUCUCGCUGGAAGACUCGUUCGCGUCGUUCCGGGACUUCCUCAAGAACUUCACACGGAAAUACCGGAUGUGGGCCGAUGGCGCGACCGAGGCCGACACGAACGGGGAGCCCGAGGCCGAGGCGAAGCCAUACUGGGAGGCCAUGGAGAACAUGCUGCUGCUCGGCACCAACAAGCUGUACCUCGACCUACGCGACCUCAAGGCGUACCCGCGCACCGUUAAGCUGUGGCAUCAGGCCCAGGCAUACCCGACCGAAAUCAUCCCCGUCAUGGAUCAGUGUGUCCACGACUGCAUGAUCGAGCUUGCACAGGCCGAGAUGGCGAGCCAAAGGGCCGCCUCCCACAACACCGCGGGGACCGGUGCACCACCGCAGGCCUCGCAGAGCUCCGAGAUCGCCUUCCCCAGCUCGGACCGGCCCGAGGAACCGUCAACCCCCCGGCCCUCGCAGCGCGAGCAGCUCACGCUCGAGGACCAGGUCAUCAAGCAGCAGUACCUGGUCCGGCCCUGGGGCACCGACAAGUCCAUCAACCUGCGCGACCUCAACCCCUCCGACAUGGACAAGCUCAUCUCCAUCAAGGGCCUCGUCAUCCGCGCGACGCCCGUGAUCCCAGACAUGAAGUCGGCCUUCUUCAAGUGCGGCACCUGCGGCCACUCCGUCUCGGUCGAACUAGACCGCGGCAAGAUCCGCGAGCCCACCGAAUGCCCCCGCGCCCGCUGCAAGCAAAAGAACUCGAUGCAAAUCAUCCACAACCGCUGCCUGUUCGAGGACAAGCAGGUCAUCAAACUCCAAGAAACCCCCGACGCCGUGCCCGCCGGCCAGACCCCGCACUCAGUGUCGGUGUGCGUCUACAACGAGCUGGUCGACUUCUGCAAGGCCGGUGACCGCGUCGAGCUCACGGGUAUCUACAAGGUCACUCCCGUGCGUGUGAACCCGCGGAUGCGGACCGUCAAGAGCGUGCACAAGACCUACGUCGAUGUCGUCCACGUGCAAAAGGUCGACAAGAAGCGCAUGGGCAUCGACCCGUCCACUUUGGACCUGGCCGAGGAAGAAGAAGCCCACGUCAGCGGCCAGAGCCUAGACGAAGUCAAGAAAGUGUCCGCCGAGGAAGAGGAGAAGAUCCGCGCCACGGCCGCGCGACCAGACAUCUACGAACUCCUCGCCCGCUCUCUCGCACCGUCCCUACACGAAAUGGACGACGUCAAAAAGGGCAUCCUCCUCCAGCUCUUCGGCGGCACCAACAAAACCUUCGAAAAGGGCGCCAGCCCCCGCUACCGCGGCGACAUCAACGUUCUCCUCUGCGGCGACCCGUCGACGGCCAAAUCCCAAAUGCUCUCCUACAUCCACCGCAUCGCGCCUCGCGGCGUCUACACCAGCGGCAAGGGGUCUUCCGCGGUCGGUCUCACAGCCUAUGUCACGCGCGACCCGGAAACCCGGCAACUCGUGCUCGAAUCCGGCGCCCUUGUCUUGUCGGACGGCGGCGUCUGCUGCAUCGACGAGUUCGACAAGAUGAACGACUCCACGCGGUCGGUGCUGCACGAGGUUAUGGAACAGCAGACCGUGUCGGUCGCUAAAGCGGGUAUCAUCACCACGCUCAACGCGCGCACGAGUAUCUUGGCUUCGGCCAACCCUAUUGGGAGCCGGUAUAAUCCGGACUUGUCCGUGCCGCAGAACAUUGAUUUACCGCCGACGCUGCUGUCGCGGUUUGAUCUGGUGUAUCUGAUCUUGGACCGGGUGGAUGAGAAGACGGAUCAGCGUCUGGCGCGCCAUUUGCUGUCGAUGUAUCUUGAGGAUAAACCUGAGUCUGCCCAGAGCAACAAUGACAUUCUC